AGUAUAAAAAGCUCGUCGAACGAUUAAAUCCUCCAAGUGCAAACUUUGCAGGUACCGGCUACUUUCAAAUUUAUACGUAUGCGCAUGCAUGCAUGAUGCUGCGCUUGGAACUAAGGCGCCCUCUAGGUCUAAUAAUCAUGAUGCCAACACACGGCGUCAUCAUCUCUUCUCCUCUCUUUUAUCCACUCCAUACUUCAUAGCCAUAGUAUUGUUGAGGCAAUAGUUCUCGACGGUUAGUGUAUGGCAAAUGGCGCCUCUACUACUAGGGAGUUCGCUUUUUCUAGUUGAUUCUCGUUAUAUAUCGCGCAGUUCGGUAAUGACCAUCUAGUUGAUACUCCCCAGGAAGUUGGAAUUUUUCUUCCACUAGCACACUAUACAAGACCAGCAUCGCCAAGUACCUAGAACUGAACACGCGACUUAUAUCGCCAUCAACUGCAGCACACUAGCACAGUCUCCCGCCACUGCACGAAAGUAACUAAAUACUUUUUUGCUUGGUAAUAUAUAUACAACUAUAAUGGAGAUUUUGUGGGAUAUUUCGGAAUUCAAAUUGUAAAAGGAGAUAAUACUUGUUCAUAAAUCAAAACAUCGGAUCAGGAUGGAGGAAGUCAAGACAGAGGAGGACAAUGUCAUACGCAUUGUCGAAGUCAAAACAAAAGAACCUAAGAACACCGAAACUCAAGAAAUAGUACGUUUAACACCGACUGGAAAAAUCAGUCACGCUAAAACGCGCGUUUAUACGCAGCGAUACCGUAAAGAAUGGGAACACAUGGCCGAUUUUAAAGAUUGGUUAACGUCGGUUCCCUACCAAGCAACAAGGGCUUUCUGUAAAUAUUGUCAGAGAAAUUUACAUGCUCAUCGAUUGUCAUUAUUAAAGCAUAUGUGCACCUUGAAACAUCAAAGAGCAGCUGUGCAAUAUAAUAAGAGGGAAGCUGCGCAACAACAAAAUUCAAAUGAUAUCAAUUAUGUUGUUGAAAGUUUAGAUGACGAUGAUGAGGAUAAUGAAGAUGAAGAUGACGAUUAUAAUGAAGAUAAUGAGGGUGACAUUGUUGAUGACGAUGACAUAAAUAAUGAAACAACGGAAUACUUACAAGACGUAGGAGAGGAAUUGAAUAUUGAAGGUGAAGUUCAAGAAGAGGUCAUUGAAGAAUCUGAAGGUAUACAUGAACCAGUUUUCAAGAAAUUGUGCAUUGAAAAGAAUGAAGCUCAAGACACCUUAGCUCAAGCGAUGUCUCAUGUUCAUUCAGAUUAUUCAACAGAAAAUGAAGAGCCUAUAGAAUUGCAAAUGGAAGUGGAAUCUGUUGAAGAGGACCAUGAAGAGGAUAAUUUGAAACCCUAUCAAUAUGUAAAAUACUCAACAAAUCAAAAAGAUCAAACAGACAUUCAGAAAGAAGCAAUGAAUAAAACCCAGAAAGAGGUAUCAGACGAAGCAAUUAAAACAUUGAUAGCAGAAUCUAAAGGAAAUUCACAAGCUGGAGAUAAUGCAAAAAAAGUAUUAUUCUUCUCUUCGGGUGGUAAAACUUAUAGUUUAGUGAAAAGCAAACUUCCACCAGUUGUAAUGAACCAGUUUAAUGACAAAAAUUUUACUGUUGUUGCUAAGUUGGCAAAACAAGAUGUAAAAUUAAAAGAUACUACAAGUAGCACUAAUGUGACAACUUCUAGCACAGCUAGUGCUAGUCAAGAUUCAAAAAAGAAUCUUGUUGCUACUAAAACCACGUCAAUGACGACAAAAUCGGUUUUACUAAAAAAACCUAUCGUUAGUACGCAUGUUUUGGAAACAAGUAAAGGAAUUCCUGUUUGUGGAUUACAAGUUAGCUUGUACAAGUUGCAGGACGGAAGAUGGACUUUUGUACAUGAAAGUAUUACAACUGCAAAUGGUUUUUGCAAUGAUUUUUCGAGUUGUGCAAAAAACAGUUUGACCACUGGGCGCUAUAAAUUCCAUUACGAUGUCGAGAAGUACUACAACAUGCGAAAACAGGCAACUAUCUACCCAUUCAUAGAAAUUGUUUUUGAUAUUAAGGAUCCCAACGCGUCGUACCAUAUUCCUCUUUUAGUCAGCCCAUUUAGCUAUAGUACAUUUAAGGACUCUCCAAGAUAAGCUUAUAAUUUUAGUUAUUGAUUUUCUUUUACAAUGUACAGUUUAACAAAUAAUGUUUCUUUUACUUUAGCAUAUAUUUCGACAAAAUGAUUAAUUUUAGUAAAACAACUGCCUAUUUACAAUUGGCAUAUAAUGUAUUAUACAGAUUUUAAAACUUACAUAUUAAGUGUUGGUUGUAAAUUAUAAAAUUAAGAUUAUUGUGUCAAAAAUAGAAACUAGAGAUAAAAAACAUAGUAUAAUCAAGAAGCGGGAACACUUUAGUCAACAUUUGCGACCUUUGACAUUUACAUCAGAACAGAGAUAUGUUUUAUACUCUCUGUAUUAGCGCUUUAAUCUUCGUGAGUUUGCCUCGGGACUCAGUAUUGCUCAGACAGUAGGAAGACACACUGUUACCAGCAUUAUUCUUGAAAAGAAAUAGCAGUGCAAAAUAUUUUCUGAAAGGUGCAUCAUCAUGAGUUCUUCUUCAUUUAAAAUUACAACGCACGUACUGGAUACAAGCAAAGGACUUCCAGUGUCCAAUUUACCAGUAAAACUUUUUAAAUUGAAAAAUCAUAGUGAGUGGAUAUUGAUUAGUGAUGGAAAAACCUGUUCUUCUGGCCGAUGCGCUAAUUUGAUUGCUGACGAUGCUGAAUUCAGCAAAAACACCUACAAGUUGAGCUUUCUUGUGAAAGAUUACUACGACUCUGUUAAUGCGAAAUCAAUGUACCCGUUAAUUGACGUGAUAUUCGAUAUUGAUAAAUCGGAGCACUAUCACAUCCCUUUAUUGUUGAACGCUUUUGGGUUUACAACCUAUAGGGGAACUUAAUUUUGUAAUAUUAGUACGAUACAAUAUACAAUAAACACAUUUUUUUAUCAA